UCUCUUUCCAAUUCUAGGAAUCAGGCAGGUAUGGGAGGGGGAGGAAAGAAGGGAAUGGAAGGAAAAGGCCUCAUGCAGUCAGGGUACAGUAUAAGACUUUUUUUUUUAAAGAUUUAAUUAUGGAAAUUGUUUGAAGGUUGUUACCAAUUAUUGGUUAAUAAGUCAGAUAUUAUAAAACUGCCCCAAUAAAUUAGACUGCUGAUCAGCUUUCAUCUUCCCUGAUGGCUGAAGUGACUGUACGAGUGAAAAGCUUAUGGCCUAUUCAGCUAUCUUUCUUGCUCUAUCUAGUAACUGAGAAGCAGUGAGUGUUGAUUUCUUGCUAUGGGUAUGAAAAAUAAUAGCAACGAGAACACUAAAUGAGAGCUGUUGUUGGUCCAGGGUCACUCUCAAUUUUUAUAUGAACCUGAGCAAAGUAUUUCAUCUCUUUAGGCUUCAGUUUCUUCAUUUGUAAAAAGAAAUGGGGCAGAUGACCCACCUCUAGGCCUUUGAUCCUAUGAACUUACCUCUUUUAUACAACCUUUGAUUGUUUCACAAUAACUUUGUAUGUUAGACAGGUAAGAUAGAGGACUGGAAAGAAAUAGUGGUACAGAUCCUCCUAAAACUUAAUACUCCUACACCAUCUUCUCUUAGAUGUUGGUGUUCCCUGAGUCUCUUCUCUUUUAAGAUGGCAGUCAAUAAGCCAGUCAGCUUUCACCGACAGGGUAGCUGCUCCUGACCCAGCUCGGCUUACCUGUUGUCCCUCAGCUACUCAGCUGACACUGCAGCCGUUCAGAACUCUCUCUGGUCGAUAGGAAGAGAACUCACAAAAAAUUAACACUGGCAGCCAAGCAGAACUUUUGACUCAAUAUUUCCAGCUGACUCCACUUAGGCAUCUGUUUCCUCUAGUGUGGACAUCAUGAUCAGAUCCCUAAAAAGGACAUUGCUGUCCCACAACUUGGAGUCACCUAAAUGGAGCCCAGCAGAGGUUGCGGUGCCAGGAUGUGAACUCCGGCAUUAUAAGGCUGGCAUAUGGGCCAGCACUGUGAUCAGAGGUGCGAGCCAGAAGGAGGCACUUCGUCAAGGGUUCAGGAAACUCCUCCACUACAUCCAGGGAGAGAAUGAGACAGACCAGCAUCCAUCCAAAUACAGGUUAAGUGAUUCGCCAACACAUCCAAAGCCCUCUUCAUCACCUGCUUCUUGGAAGACUCCCUAUGCAAGAUUAGAUGCCUCAACUAAUGCCCUUCGGUGGUUGCAGCAGGAUAUGUGGAGGUCACUAUUGAGUUUUUUCUUACCAGAGACUAAGAUUGAGAUGACAGUGCCAGUGACCUGCCUGGUGCAGCCUGGCACCACUGAAUACAAGGUUUCCUUCUUUGUACCAACUAAGCAUCAGAGUUCUCCACCAGAGCCCACAGACCCGGAUGUGUUCCUUGAGGAGAGGAAAGGAGCAGCCAUUUUUGUCAGGUCAUUUGGAGGAUUUGCUUCUGUGGAAAAAUUCAGCAAAGAAGCAAAAGCUCUGGCAGAUACUUUGCAGAAAGAGGGCCAAUCCUUUCAUUCUGAUUUCUACUAUACUGCUGGUUAUAACAGCCCUUUUACACUCUUCAACAGACAUAACGAAGUUUGGUAUUUCAAGAAAGAAGAGCUAGAAGGGUUGUGGUUACAGAUGGCAAAGAACUUCCUUGGAAAAAUUGGCAAACUUCUAGUCUAAUGGACAUUAUAGUGAAGAAAACCUGGGCACUCGACCUCAACUGGCAUUGACUUGCACCUUGUGAAUAUGUGUAUGUACCCUUUUAUUUUCUUGUCAAAUGAGAUAAUAUGUACAGUUUUUGCAAACUCAAAGUACUCUAUAAAAUUCUAGCUUUUGUUAAAAAUUGGUGGUUAUGUUAAAAAAUUUUCCUCAUUACUCAAAAUGACUAAGUUCACUCAGUGAGGCUUUUGAUACUCACUUUACCUAAUGUCACUUAAAUGUUCUUUCCUUCAAGUAUACCUCAUAGUCUAUAGAGUGGAUGCCAUAGAUCAUCCUUCCCUUUAAUGGUGCUAAGUGAGCUAAGCUUUCUAUCUGAAAUUCAUAGUUGUUUUUAAAGAAAGGUCAUGACAGCAAUUAAUGUACAAUGUCACUUUAUUAAAAUUCUGUUGUGUACACUUUAA